UAAGCCUAUUUUGAAAUUAAAAAUGUUUUUCAUCAUGAAAUGAUAAAAAAUAAUAAGUUCACGAUUUUAUUUUCAUUUAUAAAAGUUACUUCCAUUUUAUUGCAGUGUCAUUACGUCACGAGAGUAGCUUAAAUAUACUAUUACCAUAUAUGUAAUGUAACAGACAAGAAUAUAUAGCUUAUAUUUUUUUUCUUUAGACAUUAUCUCAACAUUUAAAAUAAUUGUUGCAUUAUAAAUUCAGUGCAAUUGAUUGACAUCAAAGUUACAGGUUAUGUUUAUUGAAAGAAUCACAAUUAAAAGAUAAAUAUAGAUGAAAUAUAUAGGAGAAUAAAUAGAGAGAAGGAAUAGAAACUUAGAUCUCUAAAGAACAUUGUCAUUUUUAUCGCGAUGGCAUUAUCUCGGAUAAGUCGCUGUUCAGAUUUGUUAACUAUAUUUAAUCGUAACUUGCAGCCAGUUGGCGUAGCAAGUUAUCCGUUCAAUGAGGUACAAUUCAAACGUCGUGAAACAGUACCAAGAAGCCAAAUGAAGAUUUUACACGUAACGAGCAUACGUCGUUAUCCUGAUGCACCGACUUUGCCACUUCCCAAUAAUGUUUCGGAAAUAUUUGCGAACGAGACAGGUCGAUUCACUCCGGAACGAACAAGGGACAUAGCAAGUCCGAUUUUGAUUUAUGGUGCGAACAGAGUCAGCGCCAACAACAAUAACUCAUUUUCAUUCUCGUCCUUUAGCAAGGAAGUAACGUUCAACAGACAAAGACAUUUCUCGAUCGUACGCGAAGACAUGCACAUAGAUUCGUACGAUUGUUCAGGCGCGAUUAGUUUAAAUGGUAGCAUGCAAAGUAACGUGCCAAAACCUUUCUGUUCAACUGGCAAAUCGACUCAUUUCAAUAUGCCAGGUGGACAGUGGGCUAAGGAUAGCAAAUAUAUUGCUGAAGAUAUGCAAAAAUCACAUUACAGGCUUACCAGCAUUAAUAUUUUAUCGUCCGAUCGAGUUAAGAACGGUAUCAUGAACGAAGCCAUUUUAAUGAAUACACUCCAUAAUAAAUUGUUACAUCCAAUUUAUAUUGAUCUUAUGAGAUACUCAACAAAUGCUUCAACACCGCUGAAUACUACUAAUUCGGAAGAUAAGAUAAAAAAGAAAAUAAUAGUGACUAAAAGAGAAAGAUUUAAAAUGAUCGUAAAAGAUUAUGGGAAAGUUGUUUUUGUAUUUCACGUCACCAUUUCGCUAAUGUCACUUGGCUUCUUUUAUACGGCUGUUAUUAGUGGAAUAGAUCUAGUGCCUUAUAUUGAAACAGUUUAUAAUACCGAGAACGAAAAAGUAAUGAAAAUUUUGAACGAUUCAUCUGGAUUUUUAUUGGCAUAUACAAUUCACAAAAUGUUAGCGCCAAUACGAUUAUCUAUUACUUGCGCUAUAACGCCAUGGCUCGUUUUAUACUUACGAAAAAAGGGCAUUUUAAAGCGACCAGUGCCGAAAAAAACAGGAUAAAUUUUCACUUAAAGUUUAACCGAUAUAAAAAUUAAAAGGAAUAAUAGUUUCUACGAUGUUUAUACAUAAGUAUCGGCAGCUUUAUUAAGUUCGACAUAUAAAAUUAAAACUUCCAUGAGUAUUGUAUAACAUGCAUGCGACACGUGGUUCUCGUUCAAGUAAGAACGAAAUAAAUUUUUGUACCUGUGCGAAUAAAUAUCGCGCAUAUUUAAGAGUGUAAAUGGAUGUUAUAAAUUUAUAUCCGUAUAAAAAUUGAUCGUAUAUUAAAUCUAUAUAUAGUAUAUAUAUAAUUAUUUGUAUACAUCCAUCUCAUUCACUAUCAAAUAAAGUAUAUAAUAUAUUUAGCAGUGUAAUAAUCCUGCACUUUACGCGUAUUUUACGUACAAUACUUAAUACUCUAACAGCAAGCAAACAUGCGAUUCUCUCUUUGCAAGUCAUACAUAUUAUCAGCGUGAGGAUAGAACUUGCGUAACGUACAUACGUAAGAGUUCGGCAGUUUUCAAUGGACGAAUUAGUACAGUUUGGAACAUUGUGAUUAAACUUGAUUCUCAAGAAUGAUCUUUAUAUCAAGCAAAAUUCGUUUUACGAAGUUUGAAGAAUUUCAUUAUUGUGAAAUAUUCUCGCAAAAUUAUUUGGUUAAUAAAUAUUCUUUCUAACAAA